CCCCGCUCACCACUCGGGAGUCCAGCUCCAGGCGCGCAAGGCGGCCACCGAGCGAGCGCGCUUGCAGCCGCUCCCGCCCCGUGCAUCCGCAGCUACCGCGCCUCGGCGAGACUCAGAGACCCAGAGACCGACCGACGGACCCGCACAGUCGCAGCAUCCUGGAGGAGAACAUGCUUGCCAACUCAGCCAGUGUGCGGAUCCUCAUCAAGGGAGGCAAGGUGGUGAACGAUGACUGCACUCACGAGGCGGACGUCUACAUUGAGAAUGGCAUCAUCCAGCAGGUGGGCCGAGAGCUCAUGAUCCCCGGUGGGGCCAAGGUGAUUGAUGCCACCGGGAAACUGGUGAUCCCUGGAGGGAUUGACACCAGCACCCACUUCCAUCAGACCUUCAUGAACGCCACCUGCGUGGACGACUUCUACCAUGGGACCAAGGCAGCACUGGUUGGAGGCACCACCAUGAUCAUCGGCCAUGUCCUGCCUGACAAGGAGACGUCCCUUGUGGAAGCCUAUGAGAAGUGCAGGGGUCUGGCCGACCCCAAGGUCUGCUGUGACUAUGCCCUCCAUGUGGGGAUCACCUGGUGGGCGCCCAAGGUGAAAGCGGAAAUGGAGACUCUGGUGAGAGAGAAGGGGGUCAACUCCUUCCAGGUGUUCAUGACCUACAAGGACUUGUACAUGCUUCGAGACAGUGAGCUAUACCAAGUGUUUCACGCCUGCAGGGACAUUGGGGCGAUCCCCCGGGUCCACGCUGAAAAUGGGGAGCUGGUGGCCGAGGGUGCUAAGGAGGCUCUAGAUCUGGGUAUCACAGGCCCAGAAGGAAUCGAGAUCAGCCGUCCAGAGGAGCUGGAAGCUGAGGCCACUCACCGUGUCAUCACCAUUGCCAACAGGACUCACUGUCCCAUCUACCUGGUCAACGUGUCCAGCAUCUCUGCUGGUGAUGUCAUUGCAGCUGCUAAGAUGCAAGGGAAGGUGGUGCUGGCUGAGACCACCAACGCCCAUGCCACUCUCACAGGCUUGCACUACUACCACCAGGACUGGUCCCAUGCAGCCGCCUAUGUCACAGUGCCUCCUCUGAGACUGGACACCAACACUUCCACCUACCUCAUGAGCCUGCUGGCCAAUGACACUCUGAACAUCGUGUCGUCAGAUCACCGGCCAUUCACCACAAAGCAGAAAGCCAUGGGCAAGGAGGAUUUCACCAAGAUCCCACACGGUGUGAGCGGUGUGCAGGACCGAAUGAGCGUCAUCUGGGAGAGGGGAGUGGUUGGAGGAAAGAUGGACGAGAACCGUUUUGUAGCCGUCACCAGUUCCAACGCAGCCAAGAUUCUCAACCUGUAUCCCCGCAAGGGCCGCAUCAUCCCCGGAGCUGACGCCGAUGUGGUGGUGUGGGACCCGGAAGCCACAAAGACCAUCUCAGCCAGCACCCAGGUGCAGGGUGGAGACUUCAAUCUGUACGAGAACAUGCGCUGUCAUGGCGUACCGCUGGUCACCAUCAGCCGGGGACGUGUCGUGUACGAGAAUGGCGUCUUCAUGUGUGCAGAGGGCACCGGCAAGUUCUGUCCCCUGAGGUCCUUCCCAGACAUUGUCUAUAAGAAGCUGGUGCAGAGAGAGAAGACCUUAAAAGUGAGGGGAGUGGACCGCACUCCCUACCUAGGGGACGUCGCUGUUGUUGUCCACCCUGGGAAAAAAGAGAUGGGAACACCACUGGCAGACACUCCCACAAGGCCCGUCACCCGGCAUGGGGGCAUGCGGGACCUUCAUGAAUCCAGUUUUAGCCUCUCGGGUUCUCAGAUUGAUGACCACGUUCCAAAGCGGGCCUCAGCUCGGAUCCUUGCGCCCCCUGGAGGCAGGUCGAGCGGUAUUUGGUAAAGGCUCUGACCAGCACUGCCGCCCCCCAAGUGAAGAUGCUCCACCGCCACCCGCCUGCACACCUUCCGGCCACAGCUGCAGCGGGUGGGAGAGGUUGGGCUGGGCAGCGCACCAUCAGUGGG